UUGCAGCGGCGGCGCGAGCUCCUCGGAGCGGCUGGAUCGCUGCUCGGCGCGGCCGCGGCCGCUCCGGCGCCGGCGUUGGCUCUCGUCAAGGGCUCGGCGCCUCCGCCCAAGACUGGACCAAAGGAGCGCAAGUGCAAGAGCAUCGACGAGUGUGAGGCGCUGGGCGAACGCGAGCGCGCCAAGGCAGCCGAGGGCGCUGACGAGACGAUCGAGCGCACCCGAGGCGGCGACCGGUAUCGCGACCUCGCCGUGGGGCAGGGCGGCAAGGCGGUCGCCGAGGGCGACGCAGUGGAGAUCCGGUACCGCGUGAUGCGGCUCGGGACCAAGGCGCGCGACGGCCUGUCCGGCGAAGGGCAGACAAUCUUCUCCUUUGGGUACGGCGAAGACGAGGACCGCGAGGGCGACACGCUGCCGGUCCGGCUCGCGGGCCGCAACCUGGUCGCCGGGGUCAACGACGCGCUGGUCGGCAUGAAGCCGGGCGGGCGGAGGCGCGUGCUGGUGCGCCCCGAGCGAGGCUGGCGCGACCUGACUGGCGCGUGCGCCGAGGGUACAAAGUCGCUCGGCCUCGACGCGCAGAAGAGGACGGACGCACAGUCGGGCAACCUGGUCUUCAAGGCGGACAUCGGCGCCGCCAUCGAGAAUGAGCUCGCCUGCCAGAACAAGGUCUCCCUCCCUCAGCCACGCACCUACGGCGCAAAGGCGCGCUUCGGCAGGCGCUUCGACGAGUCACUCCUCGUCGAGCUCGACGUCGUCGGCUUCGCGGACCCGCAAAAGGCGGCGGGUGGGCUGGACGUAAGCUCGAAGGCCUUCAAGUGCCAGCAGAACCCGUUCGCCGACGGCUGCGACGACGGAGUGCCCGUCCAGUAGAGUCUCCCGCGAGACGGAUAUGUGAGAGGUCGAGGUUGUGGUCUGGAUUCAAAAAAUCGCUCCAUGCCGC